AUGGCAUCCGAUGAUUAUACUAGAGCCAAUUGGAAGGAUCCUGUUUUAGUUAAAUUUUUUUUGGACUUAUGCAUUGAACAAGUGAGUGAUGCUGGAAAACAAGGGAGAAAAAGCGAACAUGGAUUCGAUCCUGUAACAAAUACAGUUAAUUGGAGUUCUGAAGAAUGGGAUGAAUAUAUAAAGAGAGUUCCGGACGCAAAACAAUUUCGAUAUGUUGGAUUGCAAUAUGGGGAUGAGAUGAAAUCAUUGUUUGAUGGUAUAACAGCAACUGGUAAAGAUGGUUGGGGUCCUUCUAGAGAAACUAUGCCUGAAACGGUUAAUUUAGAUGACGUAGAACCUUCAUUUGCUAAUGAACCAACGCCAGUAAAUCUAGAGUCACCUAUUGAUGUUGAUCUUGAUUCACCCAAUUCAGCCGGAUUUCUUGAAAAGAAAAAUGGAAAACGUCAUAAAAAAGGUAAAGUUGAUGAUAUUGACGAACAAUUGAUGGCCGUUCUCGAAACUCUAGGUGAGUCUGAUGGACCUACAAUUGAAGAGUGCAAUAUGAAAUUGGAUGAGAUGAUGACAUUGACAAUGGAUGAUCCUUUAUAUGUUAUUGCUUGUAGUAUCUUUUGUGAAAGUAAGGCAUAUCGAGAGCAAUGGUUGAUUCUUUCAAAGAAGUCUGAAGACGUUAGAAUUAAUUGGAUAAAGAUAGUUGCUAAGAAAUUAGGAUUACUUUGA